AUGGAUGAUACAAUGCGAGGAAUCAACUCUGAAGAACAAAGUGUGCUAAUUUCACUGGAGAAUAUCAAAGACGACAAGUUGUUUCUCUUACAUUUCGUCAUAGGGACUUACUUCGGGCCAGAUUUAACAAAACAUCAUCAUCAUCAGCAGAAGAAGCAAUCAGCAUUUCAGAUGCAAGCAUCGAAUCUCCCGAAAACAGAUGAGCUAAGCGGCUCACUCAUCAAACGGGUUGAGCUCGAACGAGUCUACCACCACGUUCUCAAGAACGCAGAUCCAUCUCUCAUCGUAAAGCCGAGACCUUUAUGUAAAUACUUCAUCGGAAAACGGAACGAUUCAGUCAAGGAUAUGAGAAUCCCUCUCUUCUCGGAUCUUUUUCCGCCAGAGCUUCACCCUGAAAGCCGACUCGGGAAUCGGCAUAAGCUUCUCAAGAGCAUUGUGUUGAUCAACGAUCCAGAUACUUCUUGUAUGAGAGGAGACUGUGUUGCCCGGUUUAAGCGGCUAACCGGAUUGCAGAGCUUUGCUUUGAGCCUUGACACUGAUGUAGCUGAAACUGUUAUUAGCUCUGUUUCAAUCAAGGUUAAGGAUGAGAUUGACGAGAGCUUGGAACCGGCCAAAGAGGACAACGAAGAAAACAAUGUUGCUGGGGUUUGUGUAAGUGGGGCAAUAUGUGGAGCUGAGGCUGGACCGGCGAUGGGGCUGGUGGAUAUCGGUGAAUGCGCAGACGCUUAUCUCUUCCGUAUAGCGCUUCCUGGUGUGAAGAGAGAUGAAAGAUACUUUAGGUGUGAAGUAGAAGAGGAUGGGAAGGUACUGGUUAGAGGAGUGACUGUAACAGGGGAGAAGAGAGUGAACCGGUUUUGUCAAGUGUUUGAGAUGCAGACGCAGAAUCUCUGCCCGCCCGGUGAGUUUUCUGUCACGUUCCGGUUACCGGGUCCGGUCCAUCCGCAAGAGUUCACUGGCAGCUUUGGAACUGAUGGGAUUCUUGAAGGCAUCGUGUUGAAAAAGUUGGACUAG